AAAGUAUAUUAGUGUAACAAUCAAAAGAAGUUUCUAGAAGAGAGAAAUGGCAAAUCCUAAGGUUUUCUUCGACCUUACCAUCGGAGGUCAACCGGCCGGCCGUGUAGUUAUGGAGUUGUUCAACGAUACAACUCCGAAAACGGCGGAUAAUUUCCGAGCACUCUGUACAGGAGAGAAAGGCGUCGGAAAGUGCGGUAAGCCGUUACACUACAAAGGAUCAAGUUUCCAUCGUGUGAUCCCAGGAUUUAUGUGCCAAGGAGGUGAUUUCACUGCAGGAAAUGGUACCGGCGGUGAAUCAAUCUACGGUGCCAAAUUCGCCGACGAGAAUUUCAUUAAGAAGCAUACCGGUCCUGGAAUACUUUCCAUGGCUAAUGCCGGACCUGGAACUAACGGAUCACAGUUCUUCAUCUGUACAGCGAAGACUGAGUGGCUUGAUGGAAAGCACGUGGUGUUUGGCCAAGUGGUUGAAGGUAUGGAUGUGAUUAAGAAAGCGGAGGCCGUUGGAUCUAGCUCCGGUAAGUGCUCGAAACCAGUUGUGGUGGCUGACUGUGGUCAACUUUCCUAGAUCUGAAGUUGAUCGAUGAUGAUCUAGUCUAGUUUAACUAUAUCGUUACUAUAUUUCUUUUUCUUUUUCUUUGUAGGCUUACUUCUUAUGGGUCGGGUUUGGGCUUCUUUGUUGGGUCUAUACUGCAAUUGGUAGUUUUUACUACUACCAGUGCAUGUUGGAUUGAAAUAAGAUAGAUUUCAGUGUAUAUGUUCGAAUUCAUGCAAAUUUCUCAUUGUCGUUUUCGAGAUAAAUUAUUGAAUGGGUCCAUUUUAAUUGAAA